AGCAGGGAGGGCGACUGCUCGGGAACUCUCUUUCACUCUUACUUUCCUCUUGUUACUCUGUCUCCCCCCUUUUUCUCUCUGUCUUCUGCACUGCGUUGUGCUGUCUAAAAGAUAAACCAAGGACAACACUUUCUGAAAAUAAGAUGAAGUCUCUUUUGGUUCUUCAUGUCACCUGUGUGACCUUGCUCUCGCUGUGGUGCAGUGUGUGUCACUCCACGCCUAUGUUUUACAACAUUUCCAUGGAUGGUAGCGGUGACGAAGCCGAGCUGGAGCUCCUUUUCCCAACCUCCACCCGAGCACCUGUUCACAUCACCACUGCUACUGGAGCUCCCACCCUCACCAACACCAUCACCACCACCAUGAUCCGACUGAAGGACUUUGUCCUGAGCCGAGUGGUGGACUUCCUGCAGGAGAAUUUGCUCAUCAUCAUCGUCGUGACCUCCCUUCUCAUCGUCAUGGUCUUCAUCAUCUGCUGUGCCUCCGCCAUGAGUCAUAAGCGCAAGCUGGAGGCCUACAAGCCCCCCCCCAAUCCACCCAGGAAGUACAUGGCAGAUAAAACGGGCGGGCGCAAGAAUUCAGGCGAUCUCCAGGAGAGGCCUUACGCCGUCGACCACGUCAAGAGGGUCCAGACUCAGAGCAUGGCGUCUCCCAAGAACCUGCGCACGCCCUCCAAGGCUCUGGUGGGAGAGAGGGGGAGAGACGUCAGGUUGUCGCCUCGCCAGGAGGUCAGAAAGGUCAGGUCGGCAGAGGAGGCGGAAAAGCGGAGAGAGGAGCCCAAGCACAAAGAGCAGUCUAAGCACAGGGAGGAGGUGCAGCAGAGCUCUGGCCCCAGCACCAGCUCCAGUCAGCCGGUCUGUACCUGCCAUCUGAAAAAGGCCCACCACUAGGCCAUGAUCAAGGAUCUUGAUGACAAAAGAGGUGAAAUGAUUGAACGGAAAACAGGUUGGUUAUUCCAUAUAUAUAGGGAAAAUGUCUCAAAAAUGUUUUAAUUAGAACGAGUGAAAUAUGUUUAAGUGAGGCUCAUGUCUCAUGAAAAAUCAUAGAUCUUUGAAACACUAAAAUCUAAACUCUUAUAGAAAUAUGAAGUGCUACAUUAAGAAGAGAAAGAAAGCACAACAGAGGGAAAGAUACGUGGUCAGAAAGCAAACACUAAAAUGUGUAUUCACAAGUCUACAAAUGUUACUCAUAUCUCCAAGCACAUCUCUAUAAGCUUCUGAUUCACAUCAGAAUUAAAAGACCAGCAACUCAUACCAGGAGAUGUGGGCAAAGAUUGUUGAUUUGUUGAACUGGUCAGUCUCUUGGUUUUAUCAAUGGUUGCAGUAGCACCAGUUCUCAACAGCUUAAGAUCAAACCACCAGCUAUUGAGGUCGGUUGUAUGGAUAAGAUUUAUUAUAGAGGAGAAAGACAGGAAUAUAUAUAUAAAAAAAAAAAAAAGAAUGGGCAGUCUGUUUUUCCUCAUGUUUGAAAUGACAAGAAUCACAAGUAUGAUGUAUCAUGUGUUUUUAAUACAGAGAUGGUAUUACUCCAUAUGCCUGCCAAGACAGAGGAAUCUCCUCAGUCUGUCCUGCUGUACGCCACGACAUCUUUUUAGCAGCUAAGAGCCUCGGCUGAAUCUGAGUCUGUCAUUUAGAGAGAAAUCUUUGGUGCUGUAAAUAAAGCAAAGUGAGAUGCCAGUAAACCUGACUUGUUGGACUUGAUAAGAAAGCAUUCUCUUUAUAUUUACAUUCAUAUUUACCUAAUUUUGUUUGCAUAAUGUUAUUAUAUGUCAUAUCAUAUUAUAUUUUACUUUAAGAACCUAUUUCACAAAGCUUUAAAUACCAAAAGCACACUUUGUAACUGUGUUAUUUCUGGGUUGCUGCAGUAAAAACAUACACAUAUCUUUUAUUUGUUUGUCUACAUAUUUAUUUGGUUGAUAAUUUUCAUCUGCCUUUAACAGGCUUUUUUGGUAUAAAAUCUUUGUGAAUAAGGUUUUGAGUUUUUUCAAUAAGCAACUUCUGUAUAAGAUAAAUUAUGGGUUUUUAUUUUUAAUGUAAUGAGUUGUAAUGAGUCAAAAACUUGAGUAUGGGGAUAGAUGUUUGGCCUGUUUUGCUGGUGUUAUAGUAUUUAAAAAUCAAAAGCAGAAAAGUGUGUAUUUGUCAUAGUUAUCUGAUUUUAUUUGAUUAAAAUUUCUAAUUACACUGGAGGAGAUCAUCUGGAAGAAAACUCUCCAACUCACUGUCUCAUUACUUAAAUUAGUGCUUCUGAGGAUUAGGAUGUGAUAAACAUUUUGUAUGAUUGAUGGGCCAGAAUACUCUUUUCCACUGAACCUCAGAUUUGAUUUUUGUCUUCAGAUAUUUCCAGACAGAUGCCUCCUCUGUAAGUGACAGUUUUAUUGUUUACAAAAUGGCAAUUGUUAUGUUUAAUAAAGGUGUUGAUAAUGA